AGAAACGGAACUCUCCAUUCAGAUUCCUGCUGAGGUCGCCAGUCACAAGGAAAUUGUCCAAACUUUUGGAUCUCGAGGACUUUGCACUACCGGCGAGCCCUCCUAUCCCGUUGUCCGGAGCCGCUUACCUGCUCCAAAGUUCAUGACGGUAGCCGACGGCGAAACGUUACCGCUCGUCAUGCCCGUCCCGGCCGAGUGCUGCCUUCCCGCCGACGUGGCCUGCCCAUCCCCGGGCUCUCUUAUCCCCCCUGCCCCGAUAAACGGCCAGCAGCCCGGCGUGGCCACGUCGUUCCUGUACAGCGGCUCCCAGUUUCGGGGCUACCAGAAGAGCAAAGGGAAUGCUUACGGCGUGGAUGUUGUUUUGCUGCACGUGACUCCGGAGGAUUCUUAUUUGUGUGGAUAUCUGAAGAUCAGUGGACUGACUGAGGAGUAUCCAACACUCACAACCUUUUUUGCUGGCGAAAUCAUAAGUCGAAAGCGACCUUUUUUAACCAGGAAGUGGGAUGCUGACGAAGACGUGGACAGGAAGCACUGGGGGAAAUUUCAGCCUUUUUAUAAAGUGGCCAAAAGCUUCAACUCUGACGACUUUGACUACGAGGCGUUGGAGCGCAGCGAUUACAUAUUCAUGAGAUGGAAGGAGCAGUUCCUGGUUCCUGAUCACACCAUCAAGGACAUCAGCGGGGCGUCGUUCGCCGGAUUUUACUACAUCUGCUUCCAAAAGUCCACUGCAACUAUUGAGGGUUACUACUACCACAGGAGCUCUGAAUGGUAUCAGUCCCUAAACCUGAGCCACGUCCACGAGCACAGUAUGCCCAUUUAUGAAUUCCGCUGAAGAACACGACGCACGAGUGCGUUUGUCAAGGAGCGCCCGGCGCGUGCCGCCCCGGUUUUCCAAUGGGAUGCAAAAUCAUUUUUAGAACAAAAAAAAAUCAAAACAAGGACGCGGAGAGAGCCGCUUGCUGCCCACGACGGAGCACGCUCGGAGUCCCCGCCGGCAGGCACUCCCUCGUUUCCGAGGAGAACAUGAAUAGCGAAGGCCGACGGACAAGAUGAGGAGGCGUCGACUCAGAAGCGGCCGGAUGAUCUGAUGUCAUGUUUUAAUUUGUGCUAAGGGAUUGAUUUCAUUUGAAUUUUUAUGUAAUCUGAUGGUAUUCGGUGAAAUUGUCCUUUCUUUUUAAAAAAAAAAAAGAAAAAAAGAAAGUGCUAUAUAUGUGUGGAAUUCUAACACAGUGCCGAUCUUGCGCUAUUAAUUAACUGAUUUAGUCGAAAUUGUGAUCUCAUGAUGGUACAGAAAAUUGUCAUUUGUACAUCGUAUGUUUGACCAGGAAAAAAACAAUUUUUAACAAAAGGUAAUCAUGAUUUUUUUUUCAUGAAACUGAUGUAACAUUCCAUGUGCUGUCAGAUUUACUGGCACAACGGUAACGUGUGCUCAAACAAUUUUAAUCCUUAUUACGUGCAGAAAUAGAAGCAAAGUGUUGGCUGCUAGGAAGUUACUUUAUCGAGGGAAAAAAAGGACAAUCAUUUUAGGGAAAAAUAAAUGAUUCCAAACUGACUGGUGUCACAUUAUAAAAUGCAAUAUUAGCAAAUUGACUUUUGACUGAAAAAUGAAAAUUAAACUGAUGAUUCACUUGUCGGUUUUCAUGUCACGCCCUUGUAACAUGAUGUCCACUAGAUGUCAGCAACACACAGUGCUGUUUGAGAAUGUAGUACUGGGGAUGUCCCGAUCGCAUAUUUUUGCAUCCGAGUCACCUGAUUUUGACAAUCUGCCGAUACAGUCCAGAGCCAAUACAGUAAAGUUUUUAUUUGAACAAUAGUACUGUAACGUUUGGAACUUUUUAAAGUGCUUCCUCUUCCACUUUUUCUGGGAGUGUUGCGGAGUAUUAGACAUAUUUUUGUAUCUUUUGGCUAUGCCAUUGUAUAUUAUUUUGUUACUUCUUAGUCCUUAGAAAGUAAAAUAUAGAUAAAUUAGGCCUGAAACGAUGUUAGAAAAAACAAUAAUUGCGAUUCAGGGAGAGUUGGCAAGAGAUUGCGAUAUUGAAACUUGAAGAAUUUUCACCAGAUAACGUGAAUAGCUCUGUUUGGGUUAGGCCUGAACAAUAGUGGGAAAAAAAUAACCGAUAUAUUUUGCCAAGGCUCCAAACUUUUAGCAUUGGUUGCCCUGGUGCGCAUAACUCUUAAGGUGCAAAAUGAAGGGGCACCUACAUUUUUCAU